UCAGAAAGGAAAUUCCCUCUCUGUUAACAUAAAUUGAUUCUAACCUUAAAUUCUUUUCUGAGAUAUAUCAAUUUCAACACAGUUCUAACCAUUUUCGAAUUAAUAAUCGGCUAUUGCAUGUUGAGAAUUUGUAUUAUAUAAAAAUGCCGACUAUUAAUAUUAAACGUGACUUGUUGUUUAAAACUCUUGGUAAAACAUAUUCGGAUGCCGAAUUUCAAAAUUUAUGUUUUGAGUUUGGAUUAGAAUUGGACGAAGUGACAACAGAGAAACAAAUGAUGACAAAGGAGCAAAAUUUAAAUCAUAGUGGAGAAGUAUCUGAAGAAGUUGUAUAUAAAAUUGAUAUACCUGCAAACAGAUACGAUCUAUUAUGCUUAGAAGGUUUAGCUCUUGGACUUCUUAUAUUUCAAAAGCAAAUGGAUAUACCACAAUAUACAAAGAUAUUUCCAAGUACAAACACACAAAAGAUUAUAAUGACAAAGCAGUGUAUGAAAGUUAGAGGGCAUAUUGUUGCAGCCGUUUUACGUGAUGUUACAUUUUCUAAAGAUUCUUACAACAGCUUCAUCGAUCUUCAAGAAAAAUUGCAUCAAAAUAUAGGUAGGAAAAGAACUUUAGUAUCGAUUGGAACCCAUGAUCUAGACACUGUCAGAGGUCCAUUUUUAUAUGAUGCAAGGCCACCAACUGACAUUUGUUUUAAGCCACUUAAUCAAGAGAUGGAAUAUACAGCAGAAGAAAUUAUGAAUUUAUACGAAAACCAUGCGCAAUUAAAGCAAUAUCUUCAUAUUAUAAAGGACAGUCCAGUUUAUCCUGUAGUAGAAGACAGUAAUGGAAUCAUUUUAUCACUCCCACCUAUUAUCAAUGGAGAUCAUUCAAAAAUUACACUCAAUACUAAAAAUAUAUUAAUUGAAUGUACUGCGACAGAUUUAACAAAGGCAAAGGUAGUACUGGAUACUAUAGUUUGUGCUUUUAGUCAAUACUGUAAAAUAAAAUAUUCAAUAGAAGUGGUGGAAAUUGUGUAUCCUGAUAAACAAGUAUUUCAUUAUCCAGACUUGAAAUAUCGAAUUGAGGAAAUGGAUUGUGAAAAAGCAAUAAAAUACAUUGGUAUAAAACAAACUGCGGAGGAAUUGGCUAAUUUGCUUUCUAGAAUGUCUUUGAAAACAUCUAUUAAAGAUGGUAAUAUAUUAAACAUCGAAGUGCCUCCUACAAGGCAUGAUGUGAUACAUGCAUGUGAUAUUUAUGAAGAUAUUGCUAUAGCGUAUGGAUAUAAUAAAAUUGAGAAAACUAUACCGCAUUUAUCUACCACUGCGGAUGAGUUUCCACUGAAUAAAUUAUCCGAUCAACUACGGAUAGAAUUGGCUUGUGCUGGAUUCACAGAAGCAUUGACAUUUUCAUUGUGUUCUCGUGAAGAUGUAGCGGAUAAAUUAGGUCACGAAUUAUUAAACAUACCAGUUGUCCAUGUGUUAAAUCCAAAAACAUUAGAAUUUCAGGUUGCCCGUACCACUUUGAUACCAGGAUUAUUGAAAACGUUAGCUGCAAAUAAAAAAAUGCCACUUCCUCAUAAAUUAUUCGAAGUUUCCGACAUUAUAUUAAAAGAUAACGAUGUGGAAGUUGGUGCACGCAAUAAUCGACAUUUAUGCGCGGUAUAUUGCAAUAAAUCUGACGGUUUUGAAGUAAUUCAUGGUUUAUUGGAUAGAAUAUUACAAAUAUUAGAAGUGCCAUGGAAUGGCAGUAAGAAUGCAAAUGGAUAUUAUCUUCGUGCUGUCGAUGAUCCCACUUUCUUCCCUCAUCGUUGUGCGGAAAUAUUAUGUUAUGAUAAAGUGAUUGGAAAGAUGGGAGUUCUACAUCCAGAUGUAAUUUCAAGAUUUGAAUUAAAUACACCUUGCUCUAUAUUAGAAAUUGAUAUCGAAUGCUUUUUAUAAGACAAUUAUAAAACUUAUUAUUGAUAAUAUGUUAGAAUAAAUUAUACACUUCUCCUAUAA